AUGAUCAAGGUCUGAAACUCAAAACACAAACUAUUCUGCAAUACUAUACUGGAUAAAAAAAGGUGUUCGUAAGGGUUGAAAAAAUUCAUCUGAGUUCAGAAAGAUGUCGGACUCUGAGACCAUUGAACUGGCUUGUCUUGGCCGCCCUUUUCAAUUAGGAAUGCUUUAUGACUGCCGAAGAGAUCGUCUCGUUCCAGGAAUAACCCUUUGGGAUGCUGAGAUGCUGCAGAAGAAUAUUAAUGUACGACCACAGCCAAACACUGACUUCAAAAUUAUUGCCACGGAUUCAAGUGAAGACAAAGCCAGUGCUCUUAAUGUCUCUGCAUCUCUUGAAGCCAGCUUUCUGUGUGGAUUGGUCAGUGUGAAAGGAUCAGCAGACUAUUUAAAUGACAAGAAAUCAUCGAAACAUCAGUCUCGAGUUACCUUACACUAUCAUACAACCUCACGCUUCGAGCAGUUGACUAUGGAGCAUCUUGGAGCAGGGAAUGUAAAGCACUGCAAUAUAUUUCAGGAGGGCUCGGCCACUCAUGUUGUUACGGCUCUACUUUAUGGAGCUCAGGCUUUCUUUAUUUUUGAUCGUGAGGUUUCGUCUAAUGAAAACCACCAAAACAUACAAGGUAACCUCCAAGCAUCAAUCAAAAAAAUACCUUUAAUAUCAAUAGAGGGCCAGGCAUCUUUGAAAAUGAAUGAAAUGGAAAAAGAUCAAAUUGACAAGUUCAGUUGCACUUUUCAUGGAGAUUUUGCUUUGGAAAACAAUCCGGUCUCAUAUGUUGAUGCCAUUAAAGUGUACUCAGAGCUACCAAAACUGUUGGGAGAGCAUGGAGAAAAUGCUGUGCCCAUGACCGUGUGGCUUUACCCUCUGAAAAAACUAGAUUCAGCAGCUGCUCAGUUAGUCAGAGAGAUCAGUGUUAGCCUAAUACGACGAGUCCAACGAAUCAUAGAUGAACUGCAUAACUGUGACAUUCAAUGUCAAGAUCUGAUGAGGGACAGUGUUGCCAUUCAAUUUCCUGAAAUCACAGCUAAGAUCAAAAAAUGUAAAGUCCUCUGUUCGGAUUAUAAAAUAGUUUUUCAGAAACAACUCUGCAGGGUUCUUCCAUCCAUAAGGGGUGGAGGUAAAGAAGAACAGGAGCUCAUUGAUGCCCUGAAUGACAAAGAAAGAUCCCCAUUUAAUGGUGCUCUGCUAACCAAGUAUCUAAGUGAGCGAGAGCGAGAGAUGAAUGUUGUUAGAUCGUACCUUGACAUCAUGAAAGACGUGCCUGUUCUUUCAACCAGCAACGAACUGGACAAAGUUGUCUUGAAGGCAUCCAAUAACUAUGUGAUUGCUUUUGCACUCACGUCCUUAAAUGAAACUGAACCGUACCUUUCAGACAUGGAGAAUUACCUGAAGACACAAUCUUGUAACAAUGCAGAGGAAAUAAGUUAUGAUCAAAAAUCCUCAAAGAAGACAGAGAAAUGGUUUUCAUCAGGAGAUGCAACUACAUUGACCAGGAAACCAUACAGGCCUUCCUAG